CUAACAAGUAAUUGUAAAUGCAAUUUUUUCGUUGUGGUUUAGACCAACCUGUACAUACAUACAACCUGUACACCCAUCCAUACUGCAUAGCUUCAUAAGCCUGUCUACAGUGCGCACGAACGCACCGCUGAAUUAUUUGCAGAUAUCCAAACAUUCUGAUUUUCUUUUGUUGAAAACAAGUUUGUUUUUUAUUGCGACUUUCUCAAAUUCACUUUCAUAAUUUUAAUGUCUUGCUUUCUAAAAGUAUGCUCGCUUACGGAUAGACGAAGCUCUAAUAACAACCCCAUAAUGUUGUCAACGGAGCUAUAUUGUUGUCAAAGGAGUAAGUUAGUGUUUCAUGAGUAGGCUACGGGGAGAUAUUUAGUCAAAUAAACAAUGAAGCACAUACUGCUGCUAGAGCCUUGUCUACCUGUGCUUUUCAUAUUGCCGGUUGCGCUCACGCGCCAAGCAAACGGAAUCUGCAUCAGUUAUAUGGGCAUGCCUCCUACAAAUGCACCAAGACUUCAAUUCUCUGCUGUCACGGUAAGUGCAGCGCGGAACAAGGAAAUGUCCGUUCUUGCUAAGAAAAGUGGAUUUGGAUACAACAGAUUCCACUUGAUGAGAUGUUAACGGAUGAUCUGAAUGGCGGUUGCAAAUAAAGAGCUGAUGAAGCCUCAGGAGGGGGAACUAGUCAGCGAGAUCUCCAAGGCUGUGGAAACGCUGUUCCUUUCAGAGGACAAUUGCCAAGCGCACACUCAGCUCCAGAUCCUGGUGUCCGAGUUGAAGGUGGGCUUCUCCAGUGCUCUGUAUGAGCUGAGUCAGAUCCAACAUGGAGACAGUGACCUCCGGGAGGAGGUGGGUGAGGCCAGGAGGAGCUGCGAGCGGAAGGCCAUACGCAUGGAGACCCUAGUGGAGUCGCUCAGGGAUGAACUUGGAGAAAUGCGUUGCCAGAUCCUGCAACUCUGUGGGGGCAGCAGGCAGAGACCUUUGCACCAGCAGGAGGUGAAGGUGACACACUCAGCUCUGGCAACCCAGAGAGAAAGUAAUACAGGUCUUGUGGUGAAUGGAAGGAGCCACGGUGAAAGCAGCGCCAGCACUACCGCAGCCCCUUGUUCCAACCGGGGAAGAGUGUUUCUCCACUGCUACCUCCAGGGGCUCCGGGCAGGGAUGUGUGAGGUAACAGACGAAAGACACCAAGUGACGAUGCAGCUUCUCCACUCAGAAUGGGAGUAUGUGUCGACGUUAAACCAGCUGAACGACAAGUACAGAGCUCCACCAGCCGCACGGAUGGACCUGGAGGCCUAUCAGACCUACCUGAAGUUUGUGGAGCAGUUAUUACAGCGCCACCUGCUGUUCAGGAACACCUUGGAGCAGCGACUGACCACUCAGGACUGGAAAGGCCUGGUCGGAGACAUCUUUGUCCAACUCACAGGCCAUAAUGACUCGUCGUUCCCCGACAUGUACCAUGGAUACACGGCUGCCCUGGCCACCUUCCUCUCCACAGAAUUCAACCAGAUACAGCUCACAGAGAAGAUGACCGACAUACAGAAGGAAGCGGAGGAGCUCCAACUGUUCUCUCUGCUGUUGGCACCGGUCUCCCGGAUCCACAGCUAUCUUACCCUGAUUCAGAAACUGUUACAGUGGACAGGCAGUGACCACCCAGACAGCUGCCUCCUGCAGGGGUCAGAGAAGGUCCUGAGGGACACCCUGUCACGCUGUCACCUCACCCUGGAGGAAGAUGUCCGAUGGGUGGAUGGAGGGAGAACUGUCGGGCCCAGCUGCCCGGCCUACCCCGGUGCCAAGUCGUGCUGCACCACAAGCCAGCUCUUUCCAGGCAGAGGGACAAAACCACACGGGGAGGAGCGUCGCGGUGCUGCUGGGAAACGCAAGGACCUACAGCCCUUGGACACGCGUCUCUCCCACGGGGCUGUCCGCGGCCAGGGCACGCGUGUCGCCUGCUGGCCUACCGCGACGGUACGGAGGAGAUCCUCCACCAGGGACCGAGACAGGGCCAUUGGGCCUCAUGGGGUCUACGGUGGCGACGCCUUCCUCCACAGCGCCCCGCCAGGGUGGGGGGACAGCGACUCAGGCCAGGGUUCCCCCGACCCGCCUGCCCUGGGCCCGGAAUACAGAGGGCCCUUCCACGGGCCCCAGACCCCCGGGCCCCAUAUGAUCCCACCGAGGAGCACGGACGACUGUGACACGGAAGAGGACGCCGGGGACACGUCCGUGUUCGACUACUCCUCCGGGACCACUUGCAGCCCAGACGGGCCCCUGGGGGGAGGACAGGAGGACGGGAGCAACAGCGGGGACGAGGAGGAAGAGGACACGGACAGUCAGGUGCCGGUUCUGCUGAAGCCCGCCUCGUACACGCUACAGCCGCCGCGGGAGUCCCCCAGGGAACGGACCGUGUGCCUGAGGUGGCAGAUACCUCGGCUGCCUCACCUGUCUCCUCGAAGUCCGCGGCAUCAGACAGGACCGUCUGGCGUGGAGGACCAGGGUCCAGGGCCGGUGGGUCCCUAUGGGAACCGGCUGGUCAACAUCACCAAGGGACCGCCUCCUCUCCUUCCCACUAGCGUCUUCAGACCCAUCUGGGACGAGCCGCCCAAACAGGGAGAUGCUGCACCAGUGAAGGAGGCCCCGCCACAAGGCUUCAGACCGGUCCAGGCCACCGAGAGGCAGGCGUUACCCACCUUCAAAAAGCUCCGGUUCCAGACCCAGCCGGGAGUCGGCCAGGCCGGUGCCGCAGGAGGUGUCCGGGUUUGGGACGAGAGCGAGGGGGACGACAGCGAGGAACCCUGUAGUACCGUGUGAGAGGGGACCAGCCCACACCAGACACACCACUGUCUCAAGAUACCGGAGGCGUGCAGGGCAGUCUGCAUGGGAGGGGGGCAGUCUGCGUGGGAGGGAGACCGUCUGAGACAUCAGCAUUUGACUCUGCAUCAUCUGACAGCCUGGGGGACUAGACUACCCACUACUGAUAUGCCCGUUGAAGGCAAAGGGCCCAUGAGCCCGACACGCACAUCGCCAACGCUACCCACUUUACGCAUUGCGCUACUCAUAUGACAGAGCAGCCUUUCCAAAUAGUUCUUCCAAAUAGUUCUUAGUGGCUCACAUAUGGUGAGCAAUGUAAUUAUGCUUUAUUGUUCCAGAGGAGAAAUUUGUGUCGGACAACACAUACAAUGAACCAACUCUGCGUAAAUUGGAAAUGCAAAGUGGAAAUGAAAACAGGCAGGGGGCUUGAAAGUCAGACCAGAUCUGGUCACGCCAAGCCAUCGUCCGGGAAUGCAGAAGAGGAAGGACGUCCCCUAUAUGGGGGACAGGGUUGCAUUUGCAACACUACCAUAUGGAUGUGGGGGGGAAAAAAGAGGACAGACAGCAGAUGUGUUUAAGUAUAAAAUAAGACUGAUUUAUUAAUUAAUCUCAUCAAGACCAUUAAUACAAAGCACAGUUAAAAGGCCACACACCAUCAAACCAACCACCCACGGCUGGAUCAAGGAAACAGACGCUCCU